AUUGUUUAAUGUUUAGUAAAGUUUAUUUAAUUUAUCUAAAAAACUAUACUGUUUUGUUUCAAUAUUAAUUCGUCAUUGGCCAUGAAGGUGAAGUAUUUCUGGUUAUUAUAUUCAUGUUUAAUUCUUGGAGAGGGCAUUUUUUGUGAUAGAAUACUUGAAAAACGACAAACUUUAACAUCAUGCACAGUAAAUCCUGAGAAUGCGUUUAAUUGUUCAAAUGGACUGUGUAUCGAUACGUCGGCUAUUUGUGAUGGUCAAGCGGAUUGUUCAGAUAGUUCAGACGAGACCAACGACUUGUGUGCUAGACAAACAUGUCAGAGUUAUGAAUAUCGAUGUGAAUAUGGAGCUUGUGUGGAUAAAAGUACGAAAUGCGAUGGUAAAAGCGAUUGUGUCGAUGGCUCUGAUGAAAACUUACCCGAAUGUAAACAAAGCACUAUAAACAGUACUCAACACAUCAAUGGAUCAACCAAAUGCCUUGAAAACCAGUAUAAAUGUAUAUCUGGCCAAUGCAUAAAUGGAACACUAACUUGUAAUGGAAAUCCGGAUUGUAUCGAUGGGUCUGAUGAAACUUUAGCAUUAUGUGAAACAGUUCAGUGUGAUAAUUAUACAUUUCGGUGUGAGUAUGGGGCUUGUGUCAAUGAGGAUAGUAAAUGUGAUGGCGUAAAACAGUGUGUUGAUGGAUCUGAUGAAGAGAAAUGUAUAGUUCCUAAUUCAAUAUCGGAGCCAAUGACACUAAAACUUAUAAACAAUACAAUACAACUUAGGACACAAUCCAAUAAUACGAAUUUUUGCAUUCUACCGAGCCUUGAAGGAGUUAUUUAUUCUUACCAAGGUUCAGAUGAAAUUUUAUCUCACGGAACACUGAUUAAUAGCAAUCGUACUGUAGUCGAGGGUUGUGAAAUUGGAUAUCAUAAUGCUUACCCCAUUAGUUUUAGGGUUUGUCAGAAUAAUGGAACAUGGUCAUCAAAAUCUGAGAAAUUAUGUUUCAAGUGCGGUAGAUCAUAUAUCGGACACCAAUUAUUGAUCGAUAAUGGAAAGACAGCACAUGUUGGAACAGCACCUUGGAAUGUAGGAGUAUAUCGAUUUAAUAAAGAAAAUUCCAAAUAUGACUUGAUAUGCGGAGGAUCAAUAAUUAGUCCAACUUUAGUCGUUUCUGCGGCUCAUUGUUUUUGGAAAGAUGGUAUGCUAUCUAAUAGAAUAUCAAUAAACAAUGGUCUAUAUAGAAUUGCUGUUGGGAAAUAUGAUAGAAAUUACACAGUUAUAGACAAUGAUUUUACUCAAAUAAUGAAUGUGGAAACAAUUUAUCUGAAAGAAGACUAUUUGGGAUAUAAUCGUUUUUAUUCUGAUGAUAUAGCUGUUAUCGUGUUAUCAAACAGAGUUAAUAUUAGUGAUGCUGUUGCACCAGUUUGUGUUGAUUGGAAUAGUAGAUAUAAUGUAACCAAUGGAACUCAAGGAAAGAUAGUUGGUUGGGGAAAUACGGAGAAAGACAUACCAAGUCCAGUUUUAUUAGAAGCAACUUUACCGUACAUUGAUUAUAAUUCUUGUCGAAGUAUGUAUAUCAAUGACUUUCAAAAGUUUGUGACCUUUGAUAAAUUUUGUGCCGGAUCUACAUCAGGACAAGGAGUUCGUGAAGGUGAUAGUGGUGCAGGCUUAACGUUUAAUCAUUUUGAUUUUUAUUAUUUAACCGGAAUAGUGAGUCUCAAGGAUCCAAAUACAAAUAACUCAAUUGCAGUUUUUACAAAUGUUAGACACCACAUCAAAUGGCUUCGUGAACUCUAUAACAAACAUAGUUCUUACGAAAGAGACAAUAUGCUGGAUACGAAAAAUGCAUGUGUUUUACCAACUUCGGAAGGUAUUAUAUAUUCGUAUGAAGGUUCAAAUAAAACUUUAUCUCACGGGACAUUAAUUAACACCCAUCGCAUUGUAAUUGAGAAUUGUGAAAUUGGGUAUCAUAAGGUUUCCCUAAAUAGUUUUAGGCUUUGUCAGGAAAAUGGAAAAUGGAUAUCGGUUGUUAAAAAAUUAUGUUUCAAAAUGUGUCCACCUUUAUUAUCAGAUAGUUUAAAUAUUAAAUGUACUCUAAAUGGUAAAAAUGCUGAUUGUUCAAAUCCAUCUAUACCCGAUACAAUAGCUAUACCAGCAUGUAAGUUUACACAUUCACUACCAAAUAGACAAGAAGAGACUCCAAUUGAAUUAAGUUGUCAGUCUAAUGGAACGUGGAGUAAUCAGCUAUAUAAAUGCAUUCCAUAUUGUGGUAGAAUAUAUUCAAAUAGCAAUACAUUGAUCAAUAAUGGUAUGAAAGCUCGUGUUGGAUCAGCUCCUUGGAAUGCUGGAAUUUAUCAAUUAAAUAAAGAGAGUUCCACGUAUGACAUGAUAUGCGGAGGAUCAUUAAUUACUUCAAAUUUAGUUGUUUCUGCGGCUCAUUGUUUUUGGAAAGAUGGUAUGCUAUCUAAUAGAAUAUCAAUAAUCAAUGGUCUAUAUAGAAUUGCUGUUGGGAAAUAUGAUAGAAAUUACACAGUUAUUGACAAUGAUUUUACUCAAAUAAUGGAUGUGGAAUUAAUUUAUCUGAAAGAAGACUAUUUGGGAUAUAAUCGGUUUUAUUCUGAUGAUAUAGCUGUUAUAGUGUUAUCAAAAAGAGUUAAUAUUAGUGAUGCUGUUGCUCCAGUUUGUGUUGAUUGGAAUGGGAGAUAUAAUGUAAUAAAUGGAACUCAAGGAAAGAUUGUUGGUUGGGGAAAUACGGAAAAAGACAUACCUAGUCCGGUUUUAUUAGAAGCAACUUUACCAUACAUUGAUUAUAAUUCUUGUCGAAGCAUGUAUACCAAUGACUUUCAAAAGUUUGUCACUUUUGAUAAAUUUUGUGCCGGAUCUACAUCGGGACAAGGAGUUCGUGAAGGUGACAGUGGUUCAGGCUUGAUGUUUUUAUAUUCUGAUUUUUAUUAUUUAACCGGAAUUGUCAGUAACAAGGAUCCAACUACAAAUAAUUCAAUAGCAGUUUUUACAAAUGUUAAACACCACAUUAAAUGGCUUCGUGAACUGUAUAAUAAAUAUACAUCUUAUGAAAGUGAUAAUAAGAUGGUUACCAAAAAUGCAUGUGUUUUACCAACUGCCGAAGGAGUAAUGUAUUCUUAUGGAGGUUCAGAUACAAUUUUAUCUCAUGGCACAUUAAUUAAUCCUAAUCGUAUUAUUAUUGAAAACUGUGAAGUUGGAUAUCAUAAGGCUUAUCCAAAUAGUUUUAGGGUUUGUCAGGAAAAUGGAGAAUGGAAAUUGAAUUCUGAGAAUUUGUGUUUCAAAACGUGUCCGUCUCUAUUAUCAGAUGGUUUAGACAUUAAAUGUACUCUAAAUGGUAACUAUACUAAUUGUUCGAAUCCAUCUAUACCCGAUACUAUAGCAAAAACAUUGUGUAAGCAAACGCAUAGAUUACUUAAUGGACAAGAAGGAACUCCAAUCGAAUUACAUUGUCAGUCUAAUGGAACGUGGAAUAAUCCACUAUAUAAAUGCAUUCCAUAUUGCGGUAGACCGUAUGUCAGACACCAAUUAUUGAUCAAUAAUGGUAAGAUAGCACAUAUUGGAACAGCACCUUGGAAUGUUGGAAUAUAUAAAUAUUAUGAGAGUUCCGAGUAUAAAUUGAUAUGUUCAGGAUCAUUAAUUAGUCCAAAUUUAGUCGUUUCUGCUGCUCAUUGUUUUUGGCAAAAUGAUCUGCUGUCUAGACGAAUAUCAAUAAACGACGGUUCAUAUAAAGUUGCCGUUGGAAAGUAUACUAAAGAUUACACAGUUAUUGAUAAUGAAUUUACUCAAAUAAUGGAUGUUGAAACAAUAUAUCUGGCUGAACAUUAUUAUGGAAAUGAUGGAUUUUAUUUUAAUGAUAUAGCUGUUAUCGUGUUAAAAAACAGAGUUAAUAUUAGUAAUGCUGUUGCGCCAGUUUGUGUUGAUUGGAAUAGUAAUUAUAAUCUAACGAUUGCAGCUAAAGGAAAGAUUGUGGGUUGGGGAAAAACGGAAAAGGGCAUAUUAAGUCCCUUCUUAUUAGAAGCGACUUUAUCAUACAUUGAUGAAAAUUCUUGUAGAAUAAUGUAUGAAAACGGAUUUGAAACGUUUGUUACUAAAGAUAAGUUCUGUGCCGGGUCUACAUCAAGACAAGGAGUUCGUGAAGGUGACAGUGGUGCAGGAUUGACUUUUUUAUAUUCUGAUUUUUAUUAUUUAACCGGAAUUGUGAGUGUCAAGGAUCCAAGUACAAAUAAUUCAAUAGCAGUUUUUACAAACGUUAAAUACCACAUUAAAUGGCUUCGUGAACUGUAUAAUAAAUAUACAUCUUAUGAAAGUGAUAAUACGCCGUCUCAGAACUCAGAAUGAAAAGGUUCUAAAUCAAUUUUUUUGAAAAAUUGUGUUUUUGUAUAUAUUAUUUAAUAUUUUAUUCUUGUAUAAAUCAGUCUUGAAAUCGUAUCCAUUCGUUGAUUAUUUAAUGAGAUACUCAGAUUGAAAAGCUUCUAACUCAUACAAAUAUGAAUAAUAAGGAACAAACCAAGAAAUGUCAGUUGCAACCUUUUAAUUCUAAACAAUAAUUAAGAACAAGGCCGUUACUGGAUAAAAAUUUCGGGGGGAGGGGUCCAACGUUUUUUAAAUAUAUAUA